AUGAGACAUUUACUUAAUAUAUUUAAAGAAACACUUGUAAAUAAUAGUUCAACUAAUUCUAAUGUUUCAGCAUCUAAUAAUAAUUUAGAUUCUAAAAUUGAUAGGAUUAUACUUGCAUUAAUUCUUACCAUUAACUUAUUUAUUAUAUUUUACAUUAUCAUUUUUAUUUACAGACUGAAACAAAGAGCAAUACAUGAUAACCUAAUGUUAGAAGUUGGAUCAGUAGAUUCAGGAUAUGCAGACAUUGAAGAUGAAGAUAUAGAUGAAGAAAUAGAUGAAGGAGCAAGAAUAGUAGAUGUAGAUGACAGUGUAGAAAGAACAGUAAAUGAAAGAGUAACAUUAAAUGUACAUGGGCAAAUAAAUAGUGAAGAAGAUGAAGUAGUAGUAAGAAUUUAUUAG